AAAAGAGAAAAAAGCUCAGUCACAAAAACAAGAAAACUCGAAUUCUCUCCCUACCAUACAAAAACACAAAAUCUCUACGUUUCUCUCUUUUACCCCACCAGCCGGCGAAAAAAGUUAAAGAGAAUGGGAGGACAGUCACGGAAAUGGAUGAUUCUGGUAGCAACGAUAUGGAUUCAAGCUUUCACCGGGACGAACUUCGAUUUCUCAGCUUACUCGUCAGAUUUGAAAUCGGUUCUUGGGAUAACGCAGGUGCAGCUAAACUACUUAGCCGUAGCUUCGGAUCUAGGGAAAGUUUUCGGAUGGUCAUCGGGUCUUGCGCUUAUGUAUUUCCCGCUUUGGACGGUGCUUUUCGCGGCGGCUUUUAUGGGUUUCGUCGGUUACGGAGUUCAGUGGCUCGUCAUCACUCAUUUCAUUUCUUUACCUUAUAUUAUGGUGUUUCUCUGUUGCUUACUUGCUGGUUUAAGUAUCUGUUGGUUCAACACAGUCUGCUUUGUGCUCUGCAUUAGUAACUUCCCCGCAAACAGAUCACUUGCUCUGUCUCUCACAGUGAGCUUCAAUGGCGUAAGCGCCGCGUUAUAUACUCUAGCGUAUAACGCAAUCAAUCCGGCUUCUCCAGAGCUGUACCUUCUCUUAAACGCUCUUAUACCUCUCAUUGUAUCUUUCACCGCAAUCAUCCCGAUCCUUCGCCAACCGCCUUUUGAGCCACUUCCACCAGAUGGAGUUCGCCGUGACUCUCUCAUGUUUCUAGUGCUCAACAUACUCGCUGCUUUGAACGGUGUUUAUCUCCUUCUCUUUGGAUCGAACUCCUCUGAUUUGACCUCUGCUCGUCUCCUCUUUGGUGGUGCAAUCGUUCUUUUGAUCUUCCCUUUAUGUAUUCCCGGUUUAGUCAUCGCUCGGAAUUGGUAUCACCGUACAAUCCACACUAGUUUCCGUCUUGAAGGUUCCGGUUUCAUUCUUGUUCAUCCUGAUGAGCUUGAGUUGCAUAAAGGGAUGCUUGCGCAUGAAGCAAACCGAGAAAGCUACCAACUGCUGAACGAAGAUGUGGAGCAAAACCCUGUUAAGACAGUAGCUGUUGAGGAAGAUGAUAUUGAUGAGUCUUGUUGCGGGAAGCUUAUUACAAAAGAUCAGCUUGAAAGUUUGGGAAUCGAACAUUCUUUGUCGUUGCUCUUACGCAGAUCAGAUUUCUGGUUAUACUAUGUCACGUACUUCUGCGGUGGAACCAUUGGACUUGUGUACAGCAACAACCUCGGACAGAUUGCUCAGUCUUUAGGACAAAGCUCAACCACAACAACUCUUGUUACACUUUAUUCCUCUUUCUCAUUCUUUGGAAGAUUGCUUUCUGCAACACCGGAUUAUAUCCGAGCGAAGGUUUAUUUUGCGAGAACCGGGUGGUUAGCAAUCGCGUUACUACCAACACCAAUCGCGCUCUUCUUGCUUGCAUCAUCAGGACACUCAUCAGCAUUACAAGCAGGAACAGCGGGGUCGCAUGGGGCGGGGUCGCAUAUGUAACUGAUGACUGAUUCCUUACGUAUGGGGCGGGGUCGCAUAUGUAACUGAUGACUUUUCUUAUUUUGCUAUGACACACUUUUCCAAUAAUGGGGGAAAAAGAUUACUGAUGGUAAAAUAAAAGUACUUUGAGUAAGUUA